CUCAUCAUUACCACUUACCGGGGACGUCAGUGACGAAGACAUAAGAGUCCUCUUAUAUUGACUUCUCAGACAGUCAUUCUGUGUACAUAAUGCCAGUCGCCACGCCCCAGUUAGGAUCCUACAAAUAUGUCCCGGAAACCAAAGAAGAUCUCGAUUGGGCGGACCUCGUUACCGUUGACCUGAGUUUAUAUAGUACCCCCGAGGGCAAGAAGCAGCUUGCAAAGACGCUUAUCGAGGCCGUCCGCGAGAAGGGGUUCUUCUAUGUCAAGAACUUUAACAUAUCCCAGGAGCACGUCGAUCGCCAGUUCGCCCUUGGUAAACUGUUCUUUGAGCUACCGGUGGAGGAAAAAUCUGCGUAUACGCCUGACAUGGCUAACGGUAAGGUCAAUGGCUAUAUCCCUGCCGGUCGCAAAAUUAUCCAUGUUGAAUCGGGGACGAGAGACCGCACGGAAAUGUACAACGUUCCAAAGUUCAACGGCCAUUUCCCCCAAGUCCAUCCACCUGUUAUAACCGACAACCUCAAUGAAGUCAAAGAAUUUGCCAAGUCCCUCCACAGCGAAGUUUUGGAUCCUCUGUUUGUUUUACUGGCCAUUGCUUUAGAACUUCCUGAGGAUGUUUUCACUAACAUCCAUAAAUACGAGGAGAAGAGCGAGGAUCAUCUGAGAUACAUGAAAUAUUCGAAAUUCACUGAAGAAGAAAACCAGAAAAUCACGAACUGGUCGUACGGACAUACAGACCUCGGCAGCUUUACACUCCUCUUCCGUCAACCUGUUGCGGCGCUUCAAAUUCGUUACCACUCUACCAACGAAUGGAAAUGGGUCAAACCCCAAGAUGCGACUCUCACAGUCAAUGCCUGCGACGCCCUCUCGUUCCUGACCGGCGGAUACGUCAAGAGCACAGUCCAUCGGGUGACUGUUCCGCCCAAAGAUCAGCAGCACGUUGACCGUUUGGGGCUGCUCUACUUCUCCAGACCCCACAGUGAUGUUUCCCUUGCGACCGUCAAAAACUCCCCCGUACUGGAUCAGGAAGGACACUCGGAGAACCAGUUCGAGUCUACCGGAAACAAAGUGCCGACUAUGGAAGAGUGGACCUUUGCUAAGCAAAUAUGGCAGAGGGCGAAAGGAAGCCGAACUGGUGAAUUCAGUACGGCAACUAUUCUUCCAGGUUUUAAGGAGCAGGUCUACGUGUAGUUGCAUUGUUUGAAGUGAGACAACUACGGCUUGUGGGAACGUUGCAUGAAGUCUGACCUUUAAUAAGAGUUAACUAUCCUAUCUGUAGCGGUGAAGUCAUUAUCCCUGAUACUUUGUAAUUUAUAUUUCGCAGGGC